CUGCAACCGAAUCCAAAUAGGGAGGAAGCCGUGCUUUCUCUUGUUAAUUUUUCCUUCCUCCGCCCCUUUCUAUCUCGCAAUGCGUCGUCCUUCUCUUGCCUCGUAAGCUUCCUCUCCUCCCCUCUCACUUCCCAAACCCUAUCCCAUUACAUUUCGUGGAUCGAGCUACCCUAGCGGAGGAUUUCAGAGAUGGCGCUCAUGGCAGUUCUGGAAUCCGAUCUGCGUGCUCUGUCAGCCGAAGCCCGCCGAAGGUAUCCGGCAGUGAAAGACGCCGCAGAGCACGCUAUAUUGAAGCUCCGCUCUUUGUCAUGUCCAACUGAAAUUGCUCACAACGAAGACAUCUUGCACAUAUUUUUGAUGGCUUGUGACGUGAAGUCAACAAAACUAAGUGUCAUUGGACUCUCUUGUUUGCAAAAACUCAUAGCACAUAAUGCUGUUGCACCAUCAGCCGUGAAAGAUAUACUUUCGACUUUGAAAGAGCAUGCCGAAAUGACAGAUGAGAGUGUUCAACACAAAACCUUGCAGACAAUACUAGUUGUAUUCCAGUCACAUUUACAUCCUUUAGAAGAGGAGAACAUGGCUCAAGCUCUUGGUAUAUGUCUACGCCUCCUUGAGAAUAGUAGAUCAACUGACAGUGUACACAGUACUGCUGCAGCAACUUUCAGACAGGCUGUUGCUCUAGUUUUUGAUAGCGUUGCUUAUGUUGAGUCACUUCCUUCAGGAAGAAUUGGUUGCAGCUCUUAUGUUUCUCGAACUACAACAAUUACAGAUGAGAUAAGCCGCAGUUUCAGUACAUCACUGUCACUCUAUGGCAAUCUUGUUUCUGGAGGUUCAUUGAAGCGAGAAGUUCUCAGUAAAGUUGGUAAUCUUGGACUUCGUCUGCUAGAGGACCUGACAGCACUUGCUGCAGGUGGAUCUGCAAUCUGGUUGCGAGUUCUUUCACUUCAACGGACAUUUGCUCUCGAUAUACUUGAGUUCAUUUUGUCCAACUAUGUAGCAAUGUUUCAAAACUUGUUACCUUAUGAACAGGUCUUACGCCACCAAAUAUGUUCACUUCUUAUGACAUCGCUACGAACAAACGUUGAGCUUGAAGGUGAAGCCGGGGAGCCUAUGUUUCGCCGGUUGGUUUUAAGAGCAGUUGCAAAUGUUAUUAAGAUGUAUUCUUCUUUGCUUACAACAGAAACUGAGGUUUUUCUAAAUAUGUUAGUGAAAGUCACACAUCUUGAUUUGCCGCUAUGGCAUCGGAUACUUGUGCUUGAAGUUUUAAGGGGUUUUUGUGUAGAAGCAAGGACAUUGGGUCUACUUUUUUGGAAUUUUGACAUGAAUCCAAAGAACACGAAUGUCGUGGAGAACAUGGUUAAGUCUCUUGCCAGAGUAGUAUCUACAAUCCAAAUGGUACCAGAAUCUAGUGAAGAUAGCCUUGCUGCUGUUGCGGGAAUGUUUAACAGUAAAGCCAAAGGAAUAGAAUGGAGCAUGGACAUUGAUGCACCUAAUGCUGCUGUUCUGGUUGCCAGUGAGGCUCAUUCUAUCACCUUGGCCAUCGAAGGACUUUUGGGCGUUGUUUAUACAGUUGCUGCUUUGACAGAUGAAGCUGUGGAAGUGGGGGAACUUGAUUCUCCUAGAUGUGAUGCUGAUCUCUUCACAGAGUACACUGGCAAAACAGCUGUUUUAUGCAUUUCUAUGGUCAACUCCACGUGGCUGACCAUCCUUGAUGCUUUAUCUCUUAUUUUAAUGAGAUCACAAGGUGAAGCAAUUAUAUUGGAGAUUCUAAAAGGAUAUCAAGCAUUUACACAAGCAUGUGGUGUUCUUCGGGCAGUAGAACCUUUAAAUUCUUUCUUGGCAUCCUUAUGCAAAUUUACUAUCAAUAUUCCAAAUGAGGGAGAGAAGAAGAGCAUUCUAUCUCCUGGACCAAAGAAGUCAGAACCUCUACCUGAUCUGCGAGAUAGUGUUGUUUUAACUCCAAAGAAUGUGCAGGCAUUGAGAACACUUUUCAAUGUGGCACACCGCUUACAUAAUGGCUUGGGUCCAUCCUGGGUUUUGGUCUUGGAGACCCUGUUAUCUCUCGAUCGAGCCAUCCAUUCCCCUCACGCUUCUACCCAGGAAGUUUCAACUUCUGUGUCAAGGCUUGCAAGAGAAGCGUCUGGGCAGUACAGUGACUUCCACAUUCUCUCUUCCUUGAAUUCUCAGCUGUUCGAAAGUUCAGCUCUUAUGCAUGUUUCUGCAGUAAAGUCGCUUCUUUCUGCAUUACGUCAGUUGUCAAGUCAAUGCAGCUCUGGAUAUUCUCAAACACUAAGUCAGCAAAUUGGUGGAGUUGCAUUCUCAGUGGAGCACAUGAUAUCUAUACUUUUAAAUAAUCUGCACAGGAUUGAGCCCCUGUGGGAUCAAGUUGUUUCUCAUAUACUUGAGCUAGCUGAUAGUUCUAGCCAAAAAGUAAGGAAUUUGGCAUUAGAUGCACUAGAUCAGUCAAUUUGCACCAUUUUGGGCUCUGAUCAGUUUCUGGCAACCAAAGAAUCUCAAAAGCAGUUGUCUGAUUCCCAUGGAGCAGGAGAGACUGAAGUGGGAUCAUUUGAAUGUACUGUUGUAUCUCCACUUUCAGUUCUUUAUAUGUCCAAUCAAAACUUUGAUGUCCGUGUGUCAUCACUGAAAAUCUUACUGCAUGUUUUAGAGAGGCAUGGGGAGAAGUUAUAUUACAGUUGGCCCUGCAUUCUCAAAUUGUUGAGGGCUGUGGCUGAUGCAUCAGAGAAGGAUAUUGUCCCUUUAGGUUUCCAGAGCAUGCGCAUAAUAAUGAAUGAUGGACUUUCAACUAUUCCUCCACACUGCCUUGAUGACUGCAUAGAAGUCACUGGCGCAUACAGUGCUCAGAGCAAGGAGAUAAAUAUAAGUUUGACAGCAAUUGGUCUGCUGUGGACUGCAACAGACUUCAUUGCCAAAGGAUUGGGAGAGAUUUCUGAUAUUGAUUCAAUUGCGGAGCAGAACUAUUCUUAUGGAAUUUGUGAAGAUGUUCAAGACAUUCGUACUACAGAAGCUAAUGAACCAGUUCAUAUGAAAAAGUUGAUUGAUUAUAAAAGGUUGCUCUUUUCAGUUUUCACCAUUCUUCGGAAUCUUGCAGCAGAUGAGCGGCCUGAGGUAAGGAAUUCAGCACUUAGAACUUUGUUCCAGACUUUAGGCAGUCAUGGUCAGAAGAUUUCUAGACAUAUGUGGGAGGAAUGCCUCUUGAAUUAUGUGUUUCCCAUUUUGGACCGUGUUUCUCAUCUGGCAUCAAGUUCAUCGAGGGAAGAGUGGCAAGGGAAAGAGUUAGGAACUCGAGGAGGAAAAGCUAUUCAUAUGCUCAUUCACCAUAGUCGGAAUACAGCCCAAAAGCAAUGGGAUGAAACAAUUGUAUUGGUUUUGGGAGGAAUAACAAGGAUAUUACGCUCAUUUUUCCCUUUUCUUCAGAGUUUGAGCAAUUUUGCUGAUUGCUGGGAACGUUUGCUGGAUUUUGUAAAGAGUAGCAUAAUAAAUGGGAGUAAAGAAGUUGCUCUGGCAGCAAUAAACUGUUUACAGACAGUUGUUAGUUCUCAUUGUCCCAAGGGUAAUUUGGCAGCGUCUUAUAUAAAAUCCAUGCUCGAUGUCUAUAAGCUUGUAAUUCAGAUGUUCCCCAGUUAUACUAGUAGUUCAGCCAGCAAAGUGAAGCAGGAGAUACUGCAUGGACUCGGAGACCUGUAUACUCAAGCACACUUGAUGUUUAAUGUGGAGAUGUAUUUGCAGCUUCUUGGUAUAUUGCAUUUGGCAAUUAGAAGUUCAAAGAAUUCGAGUGAUGUGGAAAGAGAAGCUAUCCAGGAAAAUCUCCCACCAGUAUUGCGUACUAUUUUGGAGAUUUUACCACUCCUUCGUCCUACAGAUCUUUUACAAUCCACAUGGCCCCUGUUUAUCAAGGAGCUCCUUCAUUAUGUGAUUGGAUGGGAAAAUGAUACAUCAAUGAAUGACAUGAAAUUGACAGUACUUUUGAACCCUGAUCAAGAGGGUGGUGAGCAUUCAGAUGCUUAUGGUGAUAUAUCAACAAGCUACUUGAAUCAAUUGUUUGGGGAAAAACUUCUUCCCGUAAUUGUAAAGCUCUAUCUAGAAGCUUCGCCAACUGAAACGUUCUCUGUAUCUGCAGAGGUUUUCCAUGGACUAGGAAGGUGCAUGACUACUAGGAGAGAUAACCCAAAUGGUACACUUUGGAAAGUUGCGGUUGAUGGCUUCAAUAAUGUUCUAAUUGAUGCUAUUAGCAGAAUUGGUAUGGAGAACAAGGUUGACCAAAAUGCAUACAAGAUUUUGAGGGCAAAUAUCUGGAAAGAGGUGGCAGAUGUGUAUGAAAUGUUUUUGGUUGGUUCUUGUGGCCGUGUUCCAUCAUCUAGUUCUCCUUCAGUCGAAGCACUUGAAGCUGAUGAGUCCAUUGAGAUGAAUCUGCUUAGCAUUCUAGUAGACAAGGUUCUUAAGUGUCAAACUGAUGCUCCCAUUGAGAUAUUGGAACGAUUAGUCACCACCCUUGAUCGUUGUGCAUCUAGAAUUGACUCAUUACCCCUUGAGAGUGUUCGGCUUAUGCCCUCCCAUUGCAGCAGAUUUUCUCUUAACUGUUUAAAGGCAGUUUUUUCCUUGUGCAGCUUUAGUUUUCAGGACACUUGGUGUCAAACAAGAUCAGAAGUUAGCAAGAUCACACUUUCCAUUCUUUUGACAAGAUGUGAAAUUAUAUUGGAGAAAUUUUUGACUGAUGAAAAUAGUCUGGGAGGGCAUCUACUACCAAGCAUGAGAAUUGAGGAAACUAUUUAUGUCCUUCAAGAACUUGCUCAACUGUCUAUUCAUUCUGAUUCAGCAGCUAUACUUCAAUUACCACCAUCAGUGAAAGAAAACAUAGAGAAGAGAAAAUCUAGUGGGCGGGCCCAUCUAUUCAUUUUGUUUCCACUAUUUUGUGAGCUCGUUGUAUCAAGGGAAGCUAAGGUAAGAGAGCUCGUGAGGCUGCUCUUAAGACUUGUUGGCACAGAGUUAGAACUUCCAUGUAAAACAUGAAAAAAAAAGAUGACAGGUUGAAAAUCUUGUACUUCUAAAUUUGUGGGCGCGUAUACAUUCCAUAUUGGACUUGAUUUUUUUUCCCCUCUCUCAAGAAUUUACUUAGUUACUUUUUCCUUUGAAACUGCUAUUGUAAACAGAAGGUAAAAUUCAAAGAGGAAGAGCCCACUAUCUUGUCCUGCUCACUGGGAAAGAGAAUAAGAUAUUUGUGUGCCAUCUAAAAUGUUUCUGGGUUGCUGCUGAAAUCACCUCUCGAGCAGAGAAUUGCUAGUGAAAUUCUCUUAUUCAUACCACUCCAAGCCGCUGGCAGAAUUAGGCUGUAUCGUUCUAAAUGAGCUCAGUAGCGCAGCUUAUAUUUUGUUCAUUCUUGUCCGUAUUUUGCAAAUGUAGAAUGAUAAACUCAAAACUGAUUAAAGUGGCGGGUUCAAGUUGACACAUCCAUUUAUUGAAAGAAUAAGGUGCUUUUGUUCUUAAUCAUACAGGUGCCUACACGACAAACAAUGGGAAACACAGUAUGUUUCUACAAGGAUAUUGUAUUUGUAGCAUUACAAAUAUGUAAUUGUGCAUUUAAUUGUUGAA